AUGACACCUGGCAUCCCACGUGUCAGGCAGCUUAACAGAAAGAAAGGGAAAAUAAGGAAAACGGAAGGAGGGGGAAAGAAAGGGGAAAUAAGGAAAGAAAGGGAAAAUAAGGAAGGUAGGGGGGAGCUUGAGAAGUGGGGAACUGAGAAAGGAAGAAAGGGAAAGCGAGUGACGAGAGAAAGAGAAGCGGAGAGGGAGAAGAAGAAGAAGAAAAGUGAGUUGAGAGGAAGAAGCCGCCGCCACUGUGGUCCGCGUUCACGUCGUCGUCGUAGCGCCGCCAUCCUUGCGCCAGUCGUUGCCGCUGUCGAUGAUGAAGCCCGUCGCCGCCAUUCGCGCCUCUAUCGCCGCCAGAACUACACGCCAUCGCUGGAGCCUGAACGCCGCUGCAACCACCGCGUGUUAUCAUCUUCAGAUCCGCCGCCGUUUGAGUCCCGAACAGGGGAACACGCGCGAAGGAAACUGUCGCGGAGCUGUUGUUGCCGCCGCGUUGAUGGGCUCGCCAUCGUUCUGCUCGCGUGGUUGCUGCGUUGCCGGAGCUCCUCGUCGCUGCUGCUAGCGCCAGAAACCGCCUUUCAAGCCUGUAUCUGUUGGGAGGAGUCCGAGCAAGAAAAGGAAGAAGGUGGCGAUGGAUACCUCCGAUGCUGCUGCUGUUACUAUCGGUGUUCCGGAGCUUGCAGUUACUGUCAUUUUUGGGUGAUGAACCUGGUUGUGUCCUGGCUGCUGAUUGAUUGUAGUGAGAGACGUUGUAGCCACUACUUUUCAUCUUGCCACUGUCGAUUUAUCUAUUAUAAAGUCAUAAUUGAUAAUGGAGCUGCUAAGAUCGCUGCUGCUGCCAUGAACUGGGGAUAAAUGGGUUUAUUGAGUUAAAUUGUGCGAUUGAGACAUCGAGGUA